AUGGAUGCCAAAACCACCGGCAUAUCCGUGGGCGAGUUGCCCCCCGAGGGCAUCCCCUCUCUUCAAGAGCUCAAAGCCGAGCAUGAGUUUGACCCCAAUCUUCCCACUGAGGUUGAGGAAGAGCUAGAUGCAGCCUUGCAGACGGGAGAUAUUGAGACCAAAGAACAUGUCGUCGAGGACUUCCUUGAAAACUCUCCUUAUCCCGAAGUGCGUGCUGCGGUGCUUCCCUACGACGAAGGAGGAACUGGUAACACCAUCCGCGCCUGGACAUUGGGCCUGAUCUUUGCCACCAUUGGCUCGGGGCUCAACGCUCUCUUCUCCCUGCACAGUCCUACUAUCACCAUCACUUCAUAUAUUGCCGAGGUCAUUGCGUACCCCUUCGGUGUCGCCUGGGCUCGCUUUCUCCCCAAUAUUACUUUCACCUUUUUCGGAAACAAGCUGGAGCUCAAUCCUGGUCCUUUCACUAAGAAGGAGCAUGCUCUAGUUACGAUCAUGGCGAACGCGACCUUCGCCGGUGGCUUUGCCUAUACCCUGGAUAUCUUUACUGCCCAGCGAGGCUUCUACGGCCAACGCUAUGGCUGGGCCUUUGAGAUCUUCACCACCAUCUCCACGCAAACGCUCGGCUUCGGUCUUGGUGGCGUGCUGCACCGCUUCCUAGUAGAGCCUGCGGCCAUGAUUUGGCCCUCAAACCUGGUCAACACGACUCUGUUUACGGCGAUGCACGACCGCGGUCUCAACAAACCCGAUCCAGCCCGGACCGCUGGCUGGCGCAUCAACCGGUACCGCCUGUUCCUCUAUGUUAUGACCGGCGCUUUCUGUUGGUAUUGGUUCCCGGGCCUGAUUGCCCCGUUCCUGAGUGUUUUCGCCUUUAUCACCUGGAUCAAGCCUAACAACGUGAUCAUUAAUCAACUAUUCGGCGGCGCAACUGGAAUCUCCCUGAUUCCUAUCUCGUUUGACUGGUCCAUUAUCUCAGGAUAUGUCUAUUCUCCGAUGAUCUCCCCUUGGUUUGCCAUCGCCAAUACCCUUAUUGGUAUGGUGGCCUGGUUCUGGAUCCUGACCCCAGCGCUGCACUACUCUAAUAUCUUCUACGGUCGCUUCCUGCCAAUGUCGGACUCGGACAGCUACGAUAACACCGGCGGCAUCUACAACGUCUCUCGUAUCUUGACCCCAGAGUAUACCUUCGAUCAGGCAAAGUAUGAAAGCUACUCGCCGCUCUUCCUAUCCACGACAUUUGCGCUGUGCUAUGGGCUUUCCUUCGCGGGUCUCGUUGCUGUUAUCCUUCACGUGGGCCUGUUCCACGGCAAGGAGGUCUGGCGCCGGAUGCGAGACUCCCGCCAGAAGGAUGAAGAUAUUCACUCCCGCCUAAUGGCCAAGUACCCCUCGGUGCCUAUUUGGUGGUAUGUCAUCGUCUUGGUGAUUAUGACAGCUAUUGGACUGGCGACGGUGUUGUCCUACCCAACCCAUCUCUCCUGGUGGGCGUUCUUUGUGUCGGUAAUCAUUGCCCUAGUUUGGACCCUGCCUAUUGGAAUGGUGCAGGCUACCACGAAUAUCCAGCUGGGACUGAAUGUCAUCACUGAAUUCAUUGUCGGUUACAUCCAACCGGGCAAGCCUAUGGCGAUGAUGCUCUUCAAAACCUACGGAUACAUCUCGAUGUCGCAGGCGUUAUAUUUCUGUCAAGACAUGAAACUGGGACAUUAUAUGAAGAUCCCCCCGCGCGUUUCCUUCUGGGCACAGAUGGCCAGUUGCGUGUGGUCAUCGGUCGUGCAAGUGGCCGUGCUCAACUGGGCCUUUGGCAGCAUCAGUGAUAUCUGCUCCUCCACACAGGCGAACAAGUACACCUGCCCCAAUGGGCGUGUCUUCUUCAAUGCCUCGGUUAUCUGGGGUGUUAUCGGGCCGAAACGCAUGUUCUCCAUCGGCGAGAUGUACGCUGGCCUCCAGUGGUUCUGGCUGGCCGGGUUGGCACUUCCGAUCAUUAUCUGGUUGGUCGUUCGGAAAUGGCCGAAGAGCAUGUUCAGGUAUCUCAAUGCUCCAUUGAUCUUCAGCGGCUCCGGAAUGAUUCCACCAGCGACGCCGCUCACAUAUCUCAUGUGGGGUAUUGUUGGGUUCAUCUUUAACAAGUGGAUUCGAAACCGGUGGCGUGGCUGGUGGAUGGAGUAUAACUACGUCGUGUCGGCUGGUUUGGACGUGGGCACUGCCUUGUGCUUGAUCGUCAUGCUCUUCGCCAUCAGUCUGACCAAGUCGUCUUUCCCGACCUGGUGGGGCAACGACCAGGCGCUCUCUACAAUGGACUACAGCGAUACCGCCAUCCAGGUCGUCCUGCCGGCAGGCGAGAUUUUCGGACCCAAGAAGUGGUAA